AUGCCUAAAUUGAGAAAAUCAAGACCAGCGCCAUCGACGAAUUCGACGCCAACGCAAAUUUCGGCUUUCAAUUUUAAUUCGAUAGCCAGUACUAGUAUUUCGAAUUCUCUAGUUGAAAAUGCUCCAGCUCAAGAAUCAAGUGAAUUAUUAGAAGUAGAGAAAUUCGGCACAAAUUUGCCACGUGUAACAGAUUUCGAAUCAGAUGAUGAUCAAGAAGCGACAUUGGUGCCAAAAUUGGAGGUUGUGAUCUCCGAGGAGCCAAAACCGCCGCCAAUUGGCGCAUCCCAAUCGGUGAUAUUGGAAGAAAUUGCAAAUCCUAUGGUAUUUUUUGGAAAUUUUAUUCGAAAUGUGCAAAUUUCCCAAAAAUGGACGGCGAAUAGAAGUAGCGAGAAGGCGCACAUCGAGCUCGUCGUUCUCCUCCUCAAUAAUGGCCGAAAAACGUGA